AUGACUCGACCGCCCCCCUUUCCCUUGCUUGUUAAAAGAGCUCCAAUCAUUGCAGGAUUUGGUCGAGGUUCCUCUGCUAUUGGAUGUCCCACAGCUAAUAUACCUAUUGAGGCGCUCUCAGAGGCGGAUAAACUAGACACAGGCGUAUAUUUUGGAUGGUGUAAGAUACAUCCCGUGGAUACACAGAAGGAUGUCCACCAAAGACAAGAUGGGACACAAGUUGAAUUUAAAUACGGAGACGGCCUACGAAAGGAGGUUGAUAUAAAUACUGUUCUCCCAAUGGUAAUGUCUUUGGGUUGGAAUCCAUUCUUCAAAAACAAAGAAAAGGCGGCAGAAAUCCAUGUUAUUCACAAGUUUCCUGAAACUUUUUAUGGGGCUGAGUUGACCUUUAAUAUACUGGGAUACAUUCGCCCUGAGCUAGAUUACACGUCGGUAGAGAGUUUGAUCAAGGACAUUGGCAUCGACAUUGAGGUUGCAAAAGACAGCCUAGCAACUGAAGGAUAUCAGAGUUACAAAGAACAGGUCCAUAAUGUUAAAUAA